CGGCCACACGCCCCCGCCAUUCUGCUCAAGACUCGCCUCGCCUCGUCUUCUUCUACGGCGGCGGCGGCUACUGGUUGCUCCCUCCGCCGGCGCAGUCUCCGUAUAGCAGUCCCCCCUUCCUCCCCAGGGAAGCAAGAGAUGAGGGAGGUGGUGACGGUGCAGGUCGGCGGCUUCGCGAACUUCGUCGGCUCCCACUUCUGGAACUUCCAGGAUGAGCUCCUCGGGCUCGCCGACGACCCCGCCGCCGACGCCGCCUUCAGGGCCGCGCCGCUCGACAUGGACGCCCUGUACCGCGCCGGCGAGACGCUCCAGGGCGUCUCCACCUACUGCCCCCGUUUGGUCUCCGUUGGGUCUCGAGGGUCUCUUGGUUCGUUAAGUUCCUCUGGUACUUCAGGCCUGAGUAGUGCUGCUGCGCAAGAGCUCAAAGUUCCUACAUGGUCUGGAAAUGUAACAAGGUCGGUGGCAAAACCUCAUGGGCGAAAUUUGUUUCUGGAAAGCUUAGCUGAAGGAGAGCAGAAACCAAGCACUGGCGAUGGUGCUGGGAACGACUCCCAGAAAAGUGUUGAAGAUAAGGAGCUGGUCGAAUGCCUAGAGAAUGGUGUUAACUUUUGGACGGAUUACACGAAGGUUCAGUAUCACCCCCAGAGCUUGUAUGAGUUGAAUGGGUCAUGGACCAACUUCGACAAGUUUGACCACUAUGGAACUGCAAGGGAGGUUGUUUCAGAGUGGUCCCAAAUGGAGGAAAUGAAUGAGAGGCUAAGAUUCUUUGUUGAAGAAUGUGAUCAUAUUCAGGGUAUCCAGUUCAUUUUGGACGAUUCAGGAGGUUUUUCCAGUGUUGCUGCACAUUAUUUGGAAAACAUUGCUGAUGAUUACACAAACACACCUGUAUUGCUUUAUUGUGUGAGGGAUCCUGUUACCCAUGGACCACCCAGGACUCAAAGGGAGUCCAUGACGAGAUCCUUGCAUGACGCUGUAUCAUUUUCGAAGCUUUCGUCCUUUUGCAAUCUGAUGGUUCCAAUAGGACUACCUUCUCUUAGUCAAAGUUACUUCUCACCCUUCCUUUCUAUACAAGAUGUGAAACCGUUCCACUCCAGUGCCGUUUCUGCUGCAGCAAUACAUUCAGUAACUGUGCCAUUUAGACUACAAAACGCUGGCCCGGCUUCAAACUUUGCACAUUCAUCUGGUAAUAUUGAUAUCGGUGAACUUGUGCACAUAAUAUCUGGUCAAGGUUGGCAGAACAUGGUUACUGCUCUGGAUGUAGCAAUGCCGGCCCCUUCUUUGACAGAUGGAAAUGGUCUGUGGAACAUAAAGAGCCUGCACUCCCUGACCCCUGAAAUCAGCGAUGAAGAUGAAGAUCCUUACUCUGUUGAAUCAUUGGUGGUUCAUGGAGUUAUGCUUGCAGGUGGGCAAAGGGCUUCAAUAUCACAAGUGAAGGACUCUGUAUGCUCAGCUUACGAAGGCAGAUCUACAAAACCAAAGUUCUCCCAUCUCUCGGUAUCACCCUGCCCACUCGCGAUCCCCCUCCCAUUCCCAUCGAUCUUCAGGAGCAACAUAGGGCGGCACGGCGAGAUCCUCAGUAACCACUCAGAAAGAACCCAGCUACCCAAGGGCUCACUCGACGUCGAGUCCGUACCAAUGGCAGCACGCCUAAGAUCGAGCAACGCGAUCCUGCCCUUCAUUGAGAGGCGGUCGCUGAGCCUCCAGAAGCUUGGGGUAGCCAGGGGCACGCUGGGAUCCCAGGCGCUCCGUGACUGGGGCUUCGGGAAAGAAGAGAUCGAGGACAUGAGCGAGCACCUGUCGAAGAUGGUCCGCAUGUUCCACCCUGAGGACGGGCUCACAUCAGACUCUGACUAGACUGCACUGAUCCUCUAGCGAGGUUACCCAGUCUCGCGUUUUUUUCUUAUAUGGGAUAACACGGGAGAGCUGUUUCAAGAUGUCACUCUUGUGUUCAUGUGUGUUCAAUGGGGGUGUUGGUGCAGCUGGGUGGAUGUGCUGUGAUGUAUGUGAUGUAUGUAUGCGUAUGUACCUGCAAUUAAUACUUGUAAUGGUUACGGAAAAUAUAUCGCGUAUUUCGUUUCCCUUGACGAAGCAUUCUA